UUGCUGCCUGAACGCGGCCGGGCCAACUGCCUCUGGCCCAUCUUCUCACAUGGGCUUGCAGCUAACAUCGGCUUCCCGAUGCCCUAUAUUUUACUCGUAACCGCACUUUGCGACUCUAGACUCGACAUGCACAGGCACCCAAUCUUGUAACCAUGGCCGACGACAUCUCCAAUGCCCUGAGCGCCUUCCUCCUCUCUGGACAAGCACCGACUUUUGCUUGCGGCGGCACCAUCCCUGUGGCACUCGGAUCCAGCCGUGAUGAGCCGCACACGAGCCCUCCUGUGACAGUCAGAUGGGAUUGCAAGGAGGGGGCCAAUCGCAUCAGCUUCCCCUUGAACGACGAUGGUGGCUCACGGCUCUCGGAGUUGAUCGAGGACUGCGUGCCAGCGACUUUUGGCAAAGACAACGAGGACGUCCUUGACCCGGCGUAUCGCAGGGCCGCCGCCAUGGACGCUUCCCGGUUCGCCGUCGACUUGGACCCUUAUCGCCUCGGAAUCAUCGACCAGGUCCAGCGGGUUCUUGUGCCCCCGGCCUUUGACACGGAAGAGGUCAACCUGAAGCCUCAGGGCACCACGCGGAGUGUCUCUGCGGAGCUCUACAAGCUCAACGUAAGUGCGACAAAACGGCACGUUGCCCUACUAACUCAUGAUCGUGCUUGCCAUAUACAUAUUCUUUAUAGUCUACAAUCUCAUCCUUGUCCAGAUUUACGAGGCCCCAUCAGGCUUUUUCAAGAGCCAUGUCGACACCCACGCCACGAGACUCAGAUCGGCUCUCUUGUCGUCUGCGUUCCCUGCCACCACAAGGGCGGCAGCCUCGUCGUCCGCCACGCCGACAGGGAGGUCACGUUCGACUGGAGCGACAACACGACCGCCAUCAAGUGGGCGGCCUUCUACAGCGACUGCGAGCACGAGAUUAUGAACGUCACCGAGGGCUUCCGCGUGACCCUGACGUACAACCUCUACGUGCGAGACCAGCCGUCGGACCGGGGCGGCUUCAUGGAGCAGGGCCUCGCGCCGGUGGAGGUCCGGAGCUUGCCGCUGUACCAGGUCGUGCGCUCAGCUGCGGCAAAUCCAGAGUACAUGAAGACAGGCGGCACACUCGGAAUCUUCUGUGCCCACGCCUAUCCUGUUCAGGCACCGGUAGAGUUCAAUGAAGGGUUCCGGAGACAAGAUGGACACGAGGAUGCCGCGGCACCCCAGAUCCUCCCCAUCGUGCUCAAGGGGACAGAUCUGGCCGUCGUCUCCGUGUUCAGAGCCCUCGGCAUGCGCGUAGAGGUCAAGUCCAUACUUGACGGCGAGAAGCUCACGGAGAAGUAUUAUUACUGUGAUGGUUCCGGCGGCGAAGAAAAGCCCGAGGCAUGGUCUCACAAACACGGGGCGGACAAACUUGGCAGAGUGUGCGUCACGUCCGCGGGAGGGUGGGACGGCGCGAUGCCGACAGACAUGCUCGACGAGUACGGGUCGCCGCUCCAGGGAGUGACUUGGCUCACCCAGCGAAGCCACAACAACGUCGACUUUGUGCAUCUGACCUAUGGAAACGAGGUCGGCAUCAGCACGUGUUACACCGGCGCUGCGAUCCUUGUCAAGGUCCCGCCUUUCGAGGAGCGGCAGCUGGACAAUGUGCGAGAGUGACGGCUGGCACUGCCGGCCAACAUGGGGUAUGGCGACAAAGGGCGCACGUCAUGAUUGGGUCUUGGUAUCUCAGGGGUGGUGAUGCUUGGCCGCCAGCCAGUCUCGAUAGUCGCUCGUCCUAGGAACGGCGAAGAGGGGCGAAUAUGAUGAUAAUACGAGGUUCAGCAGAGCUGCGAAACUUUUAGCUGAUGAUGUUUUAUCUGCUGGGAGAAAACAACCAUGCUGCAAGGCUCUUGUUUGUAGCAAAGCCCUAGCCUGAAUUUAGCUAAGACCUCAGAUAUCAGAGAGCAGAAAACACGACAUAUCAACAAGCCGGCCUGAAGCAUCUUGAAG